GAACGUGGAGUGGAGCCCUCCCCUGCCCUUCCCCCUGGAGCUGUUGACUCCACCCCAUCCCAGCAGCAGCAGCUACACAUCUCCAUUUCUCAUUCGUCGCUGGAGCUGACUGAGCCCCCUUCAGGGGCGGGGCCUGAGUUAGUUCCGUUUGACAGUGAUGACACGGACGAUGAAGAUUCUCCAAGCCCCUCCUCCACUCUGCAGAGCCAAGCCAGUCACUCUACUGUGUCAUCCAGCUAUGGCAGUGAGUACACACACACACACACACACACACACACACACACACACACAGGCCAUCCAUUCAUCCAGCUAUGGCAGUGAGUACACACACACACACACACACACACACAAGCCAUCCAUUCAUCCAGCUAUGGUAACGAGUAUGCACCGACUCAAACACCAUAACUAUCCUUUGUCCCUCUGUCCUAGAUGAGGAGGGGUCUGGUUCUAAGGACAUGGCUACAGAGACCACCAGUAGUGAGGAGGAGCAGGAGUACCCAGAGGCCAGUCCUUAUGGAGCUCCAGGCAGGCUAGGGGUGGGUGGAAGAGGUCGACCCCACAGCAAGAGCCCCAUGGACGGAAGAGCCAUGCGUCGCUCCUCCCGGGGAUCCUUCACUAGAGCCAGUCUGGAGGAUCUGCUCAGCAUUGACCCAGAGGCCUACCAGAGCUCUGUGUGGCUGGGCACAGAGGACGGAUGGUAAACACACACACACACACACACACACACACACACACACACACACACACACACACACAUACACACAUACACACAGACACAUACACACACACACAAACACAGACGCAUACACACAGACGCAUACACACAUACAAACAUACACACAUACACACACACACAAACACACACACAUAUACACACACAUACAUACACAAACAUACAGACACAAAUCCUAACUCAGUGUUUUGAACUCUCUCUCAGUAUCCAUGUGUACCAGUCAUCAGACAACAUCCGCAACCGUAAGAACAGCAUGAAGAUGCAGCAUUCUGCCUCCAUCCUGUGUAUCCUGUGAGUAUGGCUGGCUGGUUUAAUGUUAGCCCCCAUCGGAUAAGUCUACCACUUUAUCUUGACUUUAUUUGUUGAUUUGCUACUUCAUUGUCUGACAAUCCCCUCCCUCUCUUCUCUCAGGUACCUGGACAACAAGGUGUUUGUGUCCCUGGCCAACGGAGAGGUGAUCGUCUACCAGAGGGAGGCGGGGAGUUUCUGGGACGCCCAGUCAUCUCAGACGUUGAGUCUGGGCACGCCCAGUAGUCCUGUCACUAAGAUGGUCCCGGUUGGGGGGAAGCUGUGGUGUGGUUCACAGAACCGUGUUCUCAUCAUCAACACAACGACACUGGUGCAGGAGGUAUGGUCACAUUACAGUCCAUUCACAAUAGAUGGGUGGAUGGAUGGAACGAUGGGUGAAUUAAUGAAUGAAUGAAUGGAUGGAUCAAUGGGUGGGUGGGUGGACUAAUGGAUGGGAUGGAUGGAUGAAAUUAAUAUCUGAUGGGUGGUUGUAACCUCUCUCUCUCUCUCUCUCUCUCCCCUGCAGCACUGGUUC